UCAUAGGAACGCGGUCGUAUCGUCGCUCGGCAGCGCCGCGACGCCCUCGAGGCGAACUAGACGUAACACUCUGUGCUCGACACUACUGAGACUUUUCGACGUUUCUAACCUUGUCUUGGCGCUGUGUGCUGUUCCGUUCGUUUAUACAGUAAUAUAGUGUCGUGCGUUCUCUUUCACAUUCUUCUUUUACAAGUCAGUUUUUUUGGUUUUGUGAUUAUCAGUUCGAGGUGAAUCAUUCAAUUUUUGGACAAGAAAAAGAAAGGAAAAUCUGGUGACACGAAAAUUGCACACGUCUUAGGAACGAAAUACUCUAAAUUUACACGCUACACUCUGUUUAAUGCAGCGGCCUUCUCGAAGCGGUAAACUUUAUGAAAACUUUGGUAGUGGGCAUCGAGCCGUUGCCAAGGUCACGAGGGAGGAGCUGAGGUCAUCGCUGCACCUAUGUUGUGCGGCGAACUCCUGAACGGUGGCUUCGUGAGUGGUGGAGCGGUACCGGUGAUUCCCUACGGCCUCUUAGGAUUCUGGUUGCCCGGCUGUUUACGCGCUACCAGCCCGACCUCUCUCAACUCGUCUUAUCUGACCCUGUUGGCCGAACUUCUGGCCACGGGCCACCAGGAUCGUCGAAACGAGCCGAUGGACCUCGCGAACAGGAGCCACCAGGCUCCCACGAACGGGGCGCUCGACCUUGACCUCGACCUGCACGCCGACGACAUCGACGAGAACGUGUUUCUCGAAAACGGUCUGCUCUCUUUCGAGAAUCCCAAUUACCACUUGGACCCGGCUCGCCUGGACGAUGCUCUGAACAGCAACGAGAACGGGAGUUCCCUGUACGAUGAAUUGUACCAAGAAUUGGUCGGGAACGGCGGCAGAAGCGGCGAAGUGACUGGCGGCGGCGGCGGGGGCGGUGGCACGAGGGUUCAAGCGCGCAGAACGUAUGCCACGUUGGAUCUGGGCAGCAUGGGGGUUGACGUCACCCAAGGUCCUCUCACCCAGGACUCCGUGACAGAGGACGCGCAGGACAACACCGACAACCAUAACCUAGGGUACAGCAGCGAGGGUGUUGCGGAGUCUGCUCUGGUCGACGAUACCCUCAACGGAAAUCCUCGAUCUUCGUCGUCGUCCUCCUCGAUUCUGGCUCCCGUGCAGUCAGCAUCCGCGGACACGGUCGACGCUGCGAAUCUAACCGAUUCGAGAAAUUAUUGCGAGAAAGCGGAUAACGAAACGACAGAGAUGGGAGGCGUUCCGCACGUGGAGGGUGGAUUGAACAGCGAGCUGUACGCGGUCCCUGUGAAGCGGAGGCAGCCCAAGGAUCAAAAGAACAAUGCCAGUGUGCAGAACAAUAGCCAGGAGAAGCCCGCCGAGGUAGAUACCACCGAUUCCGAGGACAAAGAUGAGAAUCUGCCACCAGGAUGGCAGAAACACGAGGACGAGAACGGACCUUAUUACUGGCACGUGAAAAGCGGGAAUAUACAGAGAGAGCCGCCCGAAGCGCCCCCGCAUUCCAAAAGGGAGUCGCGUAGAAGCCUGAUCAAAGACAACGACAGCAUAAACAACUUCCACACGUUAAGCGGCAUGGUCAAUACCGUCACCCGCAGUAACACGAGCUCGGCCUUGGAUCAAGAGUUGGAAAACAAGAGAAAAGUGGAGCUGGCUCUCAAGCGAAGAAGCUAUCCCGCACGAGCGGACUCCGAGGGCAGGGACAAACCGAUCAGAUUCGCCGUGCGUUCCCUCGGGUGGACUGAAAUCGCGGAGGAAGAUUUGACGCCCGAGAGAAGCAGCAAGGCCGUCAACAAAUGCAUCGUGGACUUGUCCCUGGGAAGAAACGAUCUUCUGGACGUGGUUGGGCGAUGGGGCGAUGGGAAAGACUUGUUCAUGGAUCUGGACGAAGGCGCGUUGAAACUGAUAGACCCGGAGAAUCUUACCGUGCUCAACACGCAGCCGAUUCACACGGUGAGGGUGUGGGGCGUCGGCAGAGACCACUGCCGCGAAAGGGACUUUGCGUACGUGGCAAGAGACCGAUCCACUCGAAAACACAUGUGCCACGUGUUCCGUUGCGACAUCCCUGCGCGCACGAUCGCCAACACGCUUCGCGACAUUUGCAAGAAGAUCAUGAUCGAGCGGUCGCAACACCAGAAUCUCGCGAAACCGGUGGACAUCAACGGGCGAACGAGCCUUGCCACGAGACCGACCAAUCUGCCCACGGAGCAUCGACGCUUCCAUAGAAACGGACAGGCGCUAGUCACGCAAUCGUUCCCGACACCGAUGGAAGAACCGAAGAAGGUGUUGCGAGCACAAUAUCUCGGAUCCAUGCAGGUUUCUCAAGCGACUGGAAUGGAGGUUCUCAAUGACGCGAUAGAUCACAUCGUGGCUAACACGCCUAUCAAUCAAUGGCGAAACGUGAACGUCGCCGUAGCGCCCAGUAUGAUCUCCAUCCUCACACCGAACGAGGAGAAACUUAUCACCGAGUGUCGAGUUCGUUAUCUGUCGUUCCUCGGAAUUGGUCGUAACGUGAAACAAUGCGCCUUCAUAAUGCACACAGCGCAAGAUCUUUUCAUCGCACACGUUUUCAACUGCGAGCCUAGCAGCGGAGCUCUUUGCAAAACUAUUGAAGCUGCUUGCAAGUUGAGGUACCAGAAAUGCUUAGACGCACAUCCUCAAGGCUUUAGAAACGCUAGCAGCCUCAACACCCCGAGCGGAAAAGGUCUUGGCGCCACCUUGAAAUCUUUGGUCGGCUCUCUGACCGGGCGUAGAAAUAAGCAGGGUGAGUCCUGAGACGAGGCUCUCUCGCUGCAGUUGAUUCCUUCGCUCGUUCCUUCGCAGGAACUGUGGCCGCUGCCUGCUGAGCGAGAAGUGAUCAGACACAAGCAUCUACAGUCACCUCUGACCUUGAAAUACUUCAGCGGAUCGCCACCUAGUGCAUCUCUCAGGUCACUCCUUUCGCCCUCUCUGGACAACAGGCGUAUACAACUGGCCCGUUGGGAGAGCAAUCCUUAAACGUGGAACGUAGCCGCAGGUCGAGCCAACUCUAAUCUCUCAAAGAAGAAGAAGAAGAAGCAAAGAUGAAGAAGAAGAAGAAGAAAAAAAAACAGAGAAUCGUAUUCUUAACGUUAACGACUGAAUCGUGAAUUCUGCAGAGUGCUAUACUAAUUACCACAGCUAUAGUGGACUACGCUUACGUGUGUCGAUAUGAUGUUAUGUAUGUUACACGCAGUGUCAGACAAAAAGAAAAAAUAAAAAAAGAAAAGAUAAUAAAAUAUAUCGGCGGAGAGAGAAAGGAAGGUUCGUGGAAGGUUCGUGGAUCGGGGCCACGAAACUGGAGGUAGGAUUCUCAAGGUCGUCGUGUCCCUUAGGCGAACGUUCGCACGGGAUCAGAUCCUUAGAGAGAAACAAAGGCCGCGUAGAUCCGAGCGUCCAAGAUCGUGUUGUUGCGAAAGUACGUUUCGAGAACAGAAUCCUGCAACGAUUCGGGACAGAGAUAGAGCGAAUAUCUGUAUAUAUACGGAAUGGUAAUUUAUCGCGCUAAAUUUAAUAAAUUCGCUGGAUUUAAAGGAAGUCCAGAGGAGGAGUGAAAGGGGAACGAUGCGUGAACGAGUGACGGAAUGACUGAAGUAACCUUUCUAGCGUAUCCACGAGGCAUUCGAAGAUUAAAAAAGAGAGACGAAGAACAAGCUAUAGAGAGCUUAAAUGUAAUAACUCACACGUGUAUUCUCGGAUGUACAGAUUAGAGAAACGAGACGAGGAUGACCAGACCACACGAAAUAAACACGUAUAAUACACGCAUUAUAUAGAGGAGACACGUAUAGGAAUACACACGCGAUACAGGAAUACACAGGAGUACUUUACACGUGUGCAUUAUGUAUAUAUGCAUACACAAACACAGAUACGCGCGUACAGAUACACGGACACUACUUACUUACACGAGCAGGUAAUAGGAAGUUUAUUUUUUAUGGUGAAUUAUAGAAGAGUUUGCAUCUUUUUCGAAACGAAGCCGAUUAAAUGUGUUAGCGCGACCGUCCUUUAAAUCCACGGGAAGAAAGAGAUCGAGACGAAUCUAACAAGCUACGUACCGAUUUUGAGACUCGCAAUAAGAAAACAGUAUAUAUAAUAUAUAUAUACAUAUGUAUAUAUAUAAUAUGUAUAUAUAUACAUAUGUAUAUAUUAUUGUACGCACAAUCGUUGUGCAAUAACGCUAAUGCCUACACAAAACGAUUAACAAUUUCAUUCUGUUGAAACGGUGUAACGACUAAUCGUUAUCGUCAUCGUUGCAUCGUUGUCGUCGUCGUUGUAACGCGCCUCGCUGAACAAAUUAAUUAUCGCUGAACUCCAUCAUACGCCCAGAUACUGCAAUGGCGUGAAAAUUUUUAACGAUGAUAAAGUUCCGUGUUUGAAAAAAGAAUGAAGAAAGGAAGAAAGGAAGGAAGGAAGGAAGAAAGAAAGAAAAAAAUAAAUAAAUAAAUAUCCAGCAAGUUGCUAGCAGGAGGAGCUUAUUCACCGCCACGACGAUAUCCCGUUCUCCCGGAACGGUUCGAAACAUUGACGCUUUGACUCUUGCACGCGUGUGUCACGCGAUCACGGAGAGAAAUAAAUAUAUUACGUACACGUAUGUAUUAUCCGCAAACUCAUUAUUCGCACGUGCACAGCGUCGAAUGCAUCUUUUCAUUUCACGCGACGAACGUUUUCGAAGAUACCUGAACAACUUGGAACCGGCAGAGUCACGUUCCUCUGCACGUUCUUGUCGACGGGAAUGUGUAUCACGUUUUUCAUAAAGAGUUCACACAUCAACGUGUUCUGCGAAUCAUCGUAACAAUUCUCGGAAUCAUUGUUCGCGAGUACACGACCACGCAAGCACGACACCGACGAUGCUCCAAGUUUACUCGUCGUCGACGAAGUGCUCGCGAUGCCUAAUGUCAAUCAAUAGCUUAGAAAGAGAAACCCGUGAAUAAUAAUAAUUAACCCAUAUGUACGUGUAUCAUCGUGCGCCGUUUCGGUUCGUUUUCUAUCGUAUAUUAUAGCUUUAGACCAAUUUUCCAUACCAGCGCCGAAUUUUUGCAGCAAAUCGCAGCGAAUUGUACAGAAGAGAACGAAGAAGAAGAAGAAGAAGAAGGUCUACUUCGUCCGAUCCUUGAUUAUUAUUUUCGUACGAUUACCUCGCGAUUAGACACGUGACGAUGUCGCGAACCGACAUGUCUCGUCCACGAACGAUUAUAUACGCUAAAAUUUGAAGAGAACAGUGAGAACAUCGUCGUCUUAGCUUUCAUAAACGCUCGUUCGAUCGCGCUUCUCGCGUUUCACCGCGUAAACGUUCCUAAGAAAAUAGCGCUACUCUGGUUUGCCUCUACGUUUGGCGGCGAAAGAAAUAUAUCGAGACGGAGAAAAUACAGGUAACCCGACAAAUCGCAAUGUGCAACGAUCCGGAACGAACCAGAGAGAGAAAAACAAGACGAAACGGGACGAAAAGAAGCGGCAAAACCCAUCGGCCGUUUACGUAACGACAUGUGUACUGUCAGUAAGAAAGUUAGUCAACAGUAGGUCAGUGUUAAUGUCCCGGAACGAGAGAUUAUUUUAUUCGAAGGGAAAACGUUUCCGUCAGGCGGAAUAAAAAUCUCUCUCUCUCUCUCUCGUUGUCUCUCUUCUCGAAAGAGAGAGAAGGGGGAGAGAGAAAGAAAGAGAUAGAAAGAGAGAGAGAGAAAAAAAAGAGAAAGGUUCUGAUGACUCUCUUGCUCGCAGUGCAUCUUGAUCGUCCAUCGAUGACGGCCACACGUCGUGGGAGCCAUCGUCAUUGCAAAAGAUACAAAGUUGUGCGGGACCCAGAACGAAGAGAUAUUUCUAUGUAGCGUUUAAAUAAGAGGGAUGGCUGGCCGGAUAUAGGGAAGAAGGUUGAGUGCGUAGAGCAUGAAUGCGUAGAGGAUGUAAGAGGAUGUAACGCGUGCGUGAGAGUAGAAGAGUUGCUUGAUGAGGGAUUUUCAGUGUGACAAUUAUAUCUAUAUAGAUGAGGAGAUAUAUAAGAGAUAUAAGGGACAGAAUCGCGAAGAUGAUUUUCAUUCUUUGUAUAUAAGAGAAAAAAAAAAAAAAAAAAAUACACGUUACGAGGAUCACCUGCCUUUUACCUGUAAAGAAGAUGAGGAAGAAAGAAAAAGAAGAAAAAAAAAAGAAGAAGAAGAAGAAGAAGAAUGUGGAACGUUGACGAAUGUUAUUAUAAACGAGAGAUGAUUAAUUUACCGCGUUCGGGGAAACGCCUCGUCUCUUGGCUGAAUGUUAUAUAAAUAUCGGAAGAGAAACUCCUCCAAAAGGGCGACAAGUAUUAUUGCGCCGUGGCUCUUUUCGGAAAUUCCCUUUCGAUCUAUCCGCAGCUUCUGAAAAUUUCCUUUCACCCCCCUCCCUCCCCCUAUAUCUUUCUUGCGUUCCUUCCGUUAUCUCUGGUCACUCUCAAUCUCUGCGCGGAGAUUGAGAACUUUGAGAACCAUGUCACGAGAGAACAAUAAUUGAACACGGAAAUAUAAGCGCGACGAGGCCUCCCGUGCGACCCUGUAAUUUAUCGGAUCCCCCCUCUAUUUUACAAAAAAGAAAGAACCAGCAACGUUUCUUCUGCUAUUGAUAUAUCGUUGAUGACGAUUUCUUGCUUUGAUAUACAUAUAAAUAUAUAUAUAUAAAUAUAUAUAUAGUUGUUGAAUUUAUAUUAUCGUAACGUUAGAUCGAGCGAGCGAGCGAGCGAUCAAGGGUGGCACGUGACAGCCUCGAGGGCGCGACGUGUUAAGAUAUAUAAUGUGGUAUGGGUGUAAAUAUUAUUAUACAUUCUCGUAUAAAGAUGUAAUAGAAACCAAAGAGGCGAGAAAAGAAGGAUCGAGAAGAAAGUUGAGGUUAAGCGUCGUUGCACCUAUAAAAAAAAAAAAGAAGAAAAAUUGAAACAACUGACAUAUUAUUCAGGAGUACAUUCACAUACAUACAUACAUACAUACAUACAUAUAUACAUGCAUAUAUAUACAUAUACACAAGCACAUGCAUUACAUAUAAAAAGAAAACACAUAUACAUAUUCACAAACUACACUACUUUACAGCUUAAUCGUCUCCUUGAUAUAGGUGUUGACAUGUCGCCAGGAAGGAUACGAGAGUAUCGUUGAAAAUACGAGAAAAUACCACUCGAGGGUUGAAAGAGAUGAAAAAAAGGAGGUGGAGGAGGGUAAAGGAGAAGGGAAGCCACUUGUAACUGACAUAGAAUAGUGCAAACCUAACUAUAUUUACUGUGACAUGUAAUAUCCUUAAUGACAAAAAAAAAAAAAAUGCGAUCUACUUGAUAGGAGAAUUGUUCUGCACAAACACGAUGCUUCAUUGAUAAUUAUAGUGUCUCUCUCUCUCUCUCUCUCUCUUUCUCUCUCUUUCUCUAUCUCUCUAUCUUCAAAAAAUACGUACCUCUCUAUACCUUAUGGCAAUUAAAUGUAUCCAACACGAUAUUUUCGAUCGACAAUUCGUCUCGGGAAAUCGAGAACGAGCGCCUAUCGUUUCACUCGAUUCGAGCUCAUCAAAACGAAUCACGCGCAUCAUCGAACGAUCAUUGUUAAUUCUAAUUGUAAUUCACGAUCAUUAUCGUCGCCUCGAGUAUAGGGAAAUUUCACAAUCAUCGUCAUUACGCGUAAUUUAAUAAAAAUAAAUUCUAAAAAAAAAAAAAAAAUGGAAAAAGAGGAUAUCGCUAUCACCGGUUAUCAAAAAACGAAUGGAAAAAAAAACGGAGAAAAAACACGAGAAUAAGAGGAGAAGGAGAGGAAAAUAAUAUAUUCGUAUAAUAAUGCUCGCGUGACGAUCGGCUUUUGGAACCGUCGCGCGAUCGAUUAAACUGUACUGUAACGUGGACGACAAAAAAACGAUAGACUUUUUUUUCCCGUCGACGUUACGAAAAAAAAAAAUCCCAAGCGAGCGUCGUUACUCAAGAGCGUGCCAACGAGAUUCCAUUUGGAACGUUUUAGCCAACUAUUUUUCCGUUCUUUCCGUUUUUCCUUGGGAUGGAAUCUCGGUGCGCGCGCGCGCGCGUGUAUCUUGAAACGAGAACAAGUUCUAAAAGGAGUGAGGAGAGAAAGAAAGAAAAAAAAAAAAAAA